GCCAUUUCCUAAGUCUGAAUCAUGUCUGAUAACGGAGAACUGGAAGACAAGCCCCCAGCGCCUCCCGUGCGAAUGAGCAGUACCAUCUUUAGCACUGGAGGCAAAGAUCCUUUGUCAGCCAAUCACAGUUUGAAACCUUUGCCCUCUGUUCCAGAGGAGAAGAAGCCCAGGAAUAAAAUCAUCUCCAUAUUCUCAGGCACGGAGAAAGGAAGUAGAAAGAAAGAAAAAGAACGGCCAGAGAUUUCCCCUCCGUCUGAUUUUGAGCACACCAUCCAUGUUGGGUUUGAUGCUGUUACUGGAGAGUUUACUGGUAUGCCGGAGCAGUGGGCUCGCUUACUGCAGACCUCCAACAUCACCAAGCUAGAGCAGAAAAAGAACCCGCAGGCCGUGCUGGAUGUCCUCAAGUUCUAUGACUCCAACACCGUGAAGCAGAAGUACCUGAGUUUCACUCCUCCUGAGAAAGAUGGCUUCCCUUCAGGAACGCAAGCGCUGAAUGCCAAGGGCUCAGAAACGUCAGUAGUGGUGACCGAGGAAGAUGACGACGAUGAAGAGGCUGCUCCUCCUGUCACUGCCCCACGACCCGACCACACGAAAUCAAUUUACACACGCUCUGUAAUUGACCCCAUCCCUGCACCAGUGGGUGAUUCUCACAUUGAUGGUGGUGCCAAGUCUACAGACAAACAAAAAAAGAAGACCAAGAUGACAGAUGAAGAGAUUAUGGAGAAAUUAAGGACUAUUGUGAGCAUAGGUGAUCCUAAGAAGAAAUAUACAAGAUACGAAAAAAUUGGACAAGGGGCUUCUGGUACAGUUUUCACUGCCACUGAUGUGGCACUGGGACAGGAGGUUGCUAUCAAACAGAUCAAUUUACAGAAACAACCAAAGAAGGAAUUGAUCAUUAAUGAGAUUAUGGUGAUGAAAGAAUUAAAGAAUCCCAACAUAGUUAACUUCUUGGACAGUUACCUGGUGGGAGACGAGUUGUUUGUAGUCAUGGAGUACUUGGCUGGUGGGUCACUCACAGAUGUUGUAACAGAAACAUGCAUGGAUGAAGCUCAGAUUGCUGCUGUGUGCAGAGAGUGUUUACAGGCAUUGGAGUUUUUACAUGCUAAUCAAGUGAUCCACAGAGACAUCAAAAGUGACAAUGUGCUUUUGGGAAUGGAAGGAUCGGUUAAACUUACCGACUUUGGGUUCUGUGCCCAAAUCACCCCUGAGCAGAGCAAACGCAGCACCAUGGUUGGGACCCCUUACUGGAUGGCACCUGAGGUGGUCACCCGGAAAGCGUACGGCCCCAAAGUGGACAUAUGGUCUCUGGGCAUCAUGGCUAUUGAGAUGGUCGAAGGAGAGCCUCCAUACCUCAAUGAGAACCCCUUGCGGGCUUUGUACCUGAUAGCAACUAAUGGAACGCCAGAACUCCAGAAUCCAGAAAAACUUUCUCCAAUAUUUCGGGAUUUCUUAAAUCGAUGUUUGGAAAUGGAUGUGGAGAAAAGGGGUUCAGCCAAAGAAUUGUUACAGCACCCCUUCCUGAAACUGGCCAAGCCAUUAUCGAGCCUGACGCCACUGAUCAUGGCGGCAAAGGAAGCGAUGAAGAGCAACCGUUAGCGCCCCAGCUGAGGCCCUGCACUCUUCUCCAUUUUUCUAAAGAAGUCUUUUAAUAUAUGAAAACGAGUACUCUUUUGGGGGUUUAAAGAGAUGGUCUGCGUGACAUGGAGGAAAAACACAAACUAGUCCCUGAAGACAACCAAGAGAAAAUUGCAAAAAGAGAAUUAUGACUUUCAAACGAACCCCUUCUUUAGGGUCCAAAAGAAGUGGUGGACUAAAUCACUGCUUACAUCUUGCAGCAGACAGCCUAGCAGGCCAUUUAUCAUGCUAUUUGCAUUCUAUUUUGCUGACUUUGUUAGAGUAGAUCCUGUUCGUUGUCUCCUUUGGGGUGUUUUCAAUACUUGAAUGGCAGAUUCGAGUUUUUUCAGAGUGUUUGUUUCAUCUGCUGGUCUUCUGUUCUCCUUCAUAGCUUUCCUUUUCUUUGACUUGCUCCGUUUGACUUGCUUUGAGAAGUUUUUCUCCUGCCUAAAUUCAAAGCAAGUGUGAUAGAAAUUAUGUAGCUCUUUAUAUUGACAAAGGAGAUUGAUACGGUUUAACCUUUUUUAGAAGUUAGGACCAGCUAUUGUUACCUGUAAUAUUUUGGCUCAGAACUUGAACUGAAGGAAGGGGAAGAAAAACAUGUAAUUUUUACUUUUUUUAACAAAUGUGAAAGAGUCAUUUUUAGAAAUUUCAUGGUAGUGAGUUUGGCAUUUGUUACAUGUAUAGAAAGACUAAUAAUCUAUAUUUAUAACUAAAUCAUUGAACCAGAAAAAGAAUUCCAUGGACUGUACAUCCUUACAAUUUUGUCUUCUUUUUCAACCUGUUUCUUCUUCAGAUUUGGCUUCUGGAACCAAAGUUAUUUGUUCUUGCUCCAACUUGGGCCUUAUGACUCUGUUUGGUGCCUCUACCUGCCCUUGCCCUUGUCUUGGAAAUAUGUUUCUGUAUAUGUUGCAACUUCAGGUGUUUUUGUUUUGAUUAACCCUCUCUCACUUCACACAAACUCCUGUACUCCCUGUGGAAAUAAUACAAUAACCAUUGAAUUUUCAGAACUUAAAAGUUAACUUUUCUUUUCCCUUUUAAAAGGAGAAAUAUUUGGGGCUAGCAAAAACAAAACAAGAGACUUGAACCCUGGUGAGUUCUAAAAUAGAAUCAUGAGCGAAGUGUCAGUAUUGUAGACAUGCAGCCGAUGACUGGCAAACUGUAAGAAUUGGUCAUAGGUUCCAAUGUUACUAGCCCAGUACUAUUAGGACUUAAAGUGGAUGGAUUUAUGGGUCAUUUGCGAUGUUGAAUUAUUUUAGUUUUUGUUUAUGUUUUUUCAAAUAAGUGGAGAGUAUUCAUGUAAAAAAAACUGGAAAAAAGAAAAAUGAAAUGUUCUUAUUGAUAGUAAUACUUUUUAUUUUAAAGAUUUAAUAAAAGGUCUGUGACCUGUAGCGUUAAUUAUUAGAGUACCCGCUCUUCUCCCCUCCCCUCCCCUCUUGUUUUUCUUUCCUCUCUGCUCUUCUCCCGUUUUUGUUGUUGCCAUUGUUUUGCUUUUGUAGGAGGUACUGUCCCUGCUGACAUGCCGCCUGUGGUUGGUUCUGGCAUUUUGUCCCCACUGUCUGCCGCUGAACUUCACACCUGCUGGACACUCUGCAGUAGUAUAAAUUGUGAAUUAAAAUAAUUUCGCUAUUUUGGAGAAUAUUGAGAAAACUAGCAGGGUUUUAUUUUGUUAUUUUGCAUCAUAUCUGUGGUAAGAUACUGGCCUGAGGAGAAAUGGCUGUUUUUUAUUGCUAUUGCAGAGAGGUUUUCAGAAAAAUUAUUAUAAUAAUGAGUGAAACUUCGUGACUAGAGCACUUAAUGGCCUCUGUUUUCAAUCUUGGUUCUCGAUUUCAUUUUUCUCUGGACUAUAUUUGGCCUUCUACAGCCAUCCCUGAAUUACAGAAACAAGCUGUUCGGUUUCCAGUGAGGCUCUGGUGCCUCUUGAGUUCUGGAUUUGCACACCCUUUGUCAGCUGUUGUCUAGCUGGAUGAUGAUGAAGAAGAUGCUGCCAUGAAAUAGCAACCAGCCAGACGAGGAGACUGAGCCUCCUGACCGCCCAAGAAGGCACGUCCAUCCUGUGCUCGGAAACCAGGCCCAGGGCGCCCGUGCUGAUGCCCCGCGCUACGCCCUGACUACACACGGGGUUUUUCUGUUGAUAGAAGCAGUUGGGGUUUGUACUUGCCACUUCUUUGAUGGUUACCUGCAUGUCCAUUGCUGGCAACGGACUUUGUCAUUAAAACCUGACUCCUAGGUUAAGGGAGCUGCACUGUGGUUAUUCUCUACUUACCUGGAUAAACUAACCUGUCAUAGAAAUAUACUUUGUUAAUUCUGAACUGUGUGGUUUUUAAACAAAGUAAUCUUAAGAGCAAUACAGAAUUGUGAUUUAUUAAUUUUAAAUUAAAAUGUUCAGAUCUUGUUGAAAGAACAAUUA